GGAGGGAGGUUAUGUAAGGGGGGAGGGAGGCGGCGGGAGGAGGAGGAGCAGGAGCAGGAGCAGGAGCAGGACGCCUCGCCGCCGCCGUGCAGCCGCAGCCAGCCGGGGCCGGUGCCGGUGCCGGGGCGGCCGCAUGUGCGAAGUGGGGACGCGGCCGCCGCUGGCCGCCGAGCGCGGGGAGCCGCCCGGGGGUGCCGUCGCCGCCGCCGAAAGGUGCCGAGACAUGGGAGAACAGCCCAUCUUCACCACCAGAGCCCAUGUCUUCCAAAUUGACCCCAGCACGAAGAAGAACUGGGUUCCCGCAAGCAAGCAGGCUGUAACUGUUUCCUACUUCUAUGACAGCACGAGAAACAGCUAUCGGAUUAUCAGUGUGGAUGGAGCCAAGGUGAUCAUAAACAGCACAAUCACACCUAAUAUGACCUUCACUAAAACAUCGCAGAAGUUUGGCCAGUGGGCGGACAGCAGAGCAAAUACUGUGUUUGGUUUGGGCUUUCCCUCCGAGCAGCAGCUGACAAAGUUUGCAGAGAAAUUCCAAGAAGUAAAAGAAGCUGCCAAACUAGCGAGAGACAGAUCUCAAGAGAAAAUUGAGACCUCAAGCAAUCAUUCCCAGGAAUCUGGACGUGAAACACCAUCUUCCACUCGAGCAUCUAGUGUGAACGGGACAGAUGAUGAGAAGGCAUCACACAGUGGUCCUGCUGAGGCACAUCUCAAGUCUGAGAAUGAUAAAUUAAAAAUUGCUCUAGCCCAAAGUUCAUCCAAUGUGAAGAAGUGGGAGACGGAGCUGCAGACGCUGCGAGAGAGCAACGCCCGGCUGACCACGGCGCUGCAGGAGUCCGCAGCCAGCAUCGAGCACUGGAAGAAGCAGUUCUCAGCCUGCAAGGAGGAAAACGACCAGCUCAGGAGCAAGAUUGAAGAACUGGAGGAACAGUGCAAUGAAAUAAAUAAAGAGAAGGAAAGAAAUGCGCAACUGAGUAGACGUCUCCAGGAACUGGAAACAGAACUUCAGGACAAAGAGCUGGAACUGGAAGAGCUCCGAAAGCAGGGUGAAAUUAUACCACAGCUAAUGUCAGAAUGUGAAUCUGUAUCUCAACAAUUACAGGCUGCUGAGAAAAAGAACAACGAUCUUGAAGAGAAAGUCAGAACACUAAGGACAGAAGUUGAAGAGAGCAAACACAGGCAGACCAACCUUAAAACUGAAUUAAAGAAUUUUUUAGAUGUACUAGAUGGGAAGAUAGAUGAAUUACAUGAUUUCCGACAAGGACUGUCUAAACUUGGGGUUGACAAUUAGAUGGCAAUAGAUUUUUUUGUAAUCUAGGGUCUGGAUGUUUGAUGUUUUGUUGAUCCCAAACAUGUGUUUUACAAAAUAUAACUAGAAUGUUCCACUUGUUUGCAUUGUUUUUGUACAUAGAGGCUGAAAAUUUGCUGUGGGGGUUUUUUCGGGGGGUUUUGUUUGUUUGUUUAUUUUCCAAACCAAUCGUGCUGCUCACUGAAUUCUGUUGAGAUUAGAAACUUUCUAUAUUGCUGCUCCAGCUUCAUGCGGUUGGGAAUAGGUAGAGGGCUCUGUCUCAGGAAUCUGGAACUAGAUCUACCUUAAAAUGAAUAUGCAGUUAGUUGUUGCAGGGAAAUUUAUAUCUUUCUUAAGGGCUGUUGCAACCAUAGAAACAGAAAACAAGUCUUUUUCUUGUCCGGACUAUCAGCACUCCUAGCAACAUCCAGUUUUAUUCCUUGGUGGAGCAGUGAGAAGAUUAGCUGGAGUUCCUGCGGUUUGUAAAAUGUGCCUGUGAUGAGCUGCAGUCAGGUGAAUCACUUCACACAGAUACCAGUAUCUUUAGGGACCAUGUCAAUCAGUCAGGCCUGAUUCACUGAAAAAAAAUCCAGUGGAUUUUAGAUAACCUCCAAUACAGGUUACAUGUGCUUGCCUGGACCCAUACAGCACAAAGUCAACGCUGUAGAAAUGAAUUUCAGCUCUUCAAGUCACACAUCUUACCCAGUAGGUGAGGACAGUUUCUCUUGCUUGGCAAGAUCAUCUCUCUUUGGCCUUCAAUUUUGAACCCGUAAAGUUCCGUCAUUAUAUGCAUCUCUGAAAAAUGCCCACCAGAGUCUUGGGACCAGAUAUUUAUUUUAAAAAGCGAUAUGUUGCUGGUUUGUACACAGGGCGCCUGCACCUCUGUGCAGAUUGAUCACUGUUGAUUAACUUCUGCAGUAGUGAAGAAGAUGUUGGUCUGAAAAGCAAUAUAAGGUUACUUGAAGAUGUUGCUCAGAAGCAAGUUUCUGCCCAGGAGACUGGCAGGGUCAUGACCACAUGAAAUCAAAAUCCUUUCCUAUGAUUUCUGCAUUCUCACCUCGUGUAUCUUUGACAGUAGGGUAGGAAUUAGUCACCAAGUUAGACUGUCCAAAAAAGAAACCCCAACCCAAAAGGCAGAAAUGCUGUUGUAUUCUUGAACUGAUUAUUCAGCAGCUCUAAAUAUGUUUUGAGAAAUGCAAGGCCAUACACUGGGCUCCAGCAAGAAGGAAAUUCACUUCAUCACAGACAGGGAUGUAAAAAGGGCCAGAGAGGAGAAUUCAGCCCAAGUUUUGCUCUUGCCCCCAGGACUGCUUUCAGCUUCUUUCUCUUCUUUCUCCAUAACCUGGUUUGAGAGUCUGUUUGCAUGGGAUCUGAAUUAAUUCAGGAAAGAAGUUCUGUUUAUGUGACAUUAUUAUUUGCUUAAUUCAGGCGAAAGCUUGGUUAAGCACCACGUUAGUGCAUUCCAGCAGUGACUGAUAUAAAACGAUAGUGCUUUUUUUUUUAUUUAGGGGCUUUUUUCUUUUCUCGGCACAUCUCAGUUAUAAAAGUGACCUUUGAAAGAAAGGUGGGUUAUAGACAAAACAUGGAUUGAAUACUUUUUGCACAUGGAUAUAAUAAUCCCCAUGCUGGAGAGAGGUUCUGUCUGCAAUUGUCCCUUGAAUUUUCAUUUAAUCUGUUACUGUUGCGUUAUCUUCACUGCCUAUUUUUUAGACUGGACUUUGUGUAUUUUUGCUUUACUCCUUUUAAGCAACGGAUGUGAAGCUGGGACCUUUCGUAACCAUUACGACCAUUUAAGUCUCUUCAAGAAAAAUUGCUGUAGGCUGUUGAUAUUUAAAAAUAAAAAUAAAAAUCAGGUACAUAGCCUGUAGGCGUGUGAAAAUUAGACUUUGCCAGCAUGGAAGAUUCAACAGUUGCAUAAUGUGGGGUUAGAUCAGACUUCUCAAAAUUGAAAAUGACGUCAGAAACUGUGUGUGGUUGUGCACAAGUAAUGUCCAUUUUUAGUCUUUUUAUUUGAUAGCAAAUCAGAUGAUAGACACCAUCAUUUAACAGGCAGCUCAUCCUACUUCUCCUCUCCUCCCGUGCUGCUUCAGAGUUCCUGAACUGCAGCCAGUCCCUGCUUCAGCUGGGAACCAGGAGAUAACAGCUAAGAGCUGCAAGCAAUACAGGUAGUCAGGGCCCUUCUUGUCACAGUGGUUUAUGGCUUUCACACUGAGGACCCUGCUCCACCUUCUGGUUCCUUUUUCCUGUUGAGCAGUCUCAGGGCUUCCUUCUUGGUUUUAAUAUAAAAUAUGAUUUUUAACAUGAUUCUGGGUAGAGGGAUGCACAAGAGUCUGUGAACAAGUUAUUUUAUUGGGGUUAAUCCAGAUCUUUUUUUCCACUUUAGUCAGGUCUAUCUCAGAUCCAGUUCAUUAGGAAUGUAUUAAGCCACUCUUAAACUGCAAGAAAAGUGUUUCUAUGGGAUUGCAUCGAUUUAACAGAUGGAGUUUAAUGCUGGCGCAUUAAACCAGUGCAUAGCUCUGACACAGGCGGUUAUUUCUGCAUGCUUCAUGCCCACCAGAGGAACGAUGGGGAUGUCCUUAGAGAAAUCCCUGCCCUGUCUCUUCUAGUCUUGCCCAAAAUGUAUGCUUUCCUUAUCUGCUAUUGCUCUGAUGUUGAGCUGUUAGGGAUGCCUGUACACAGCUAUACGCUGUGGGAAACUCCAUCCUUCAAGCAUCCAAGGUCUUGCUAUAAUUACUUUCUUUCUCUCUUUUUCCUUCCCAACAGCAGUAAGUUGAGAGCUUCUAUGUAUAAUCACUUAAAAACCUCCUACAAACUCCACCUCUUUUAACCUUUCCCUCUCAUUGUAUUUUUCCUUUUCAAAAGCCAAAAGCACACUAGAAGAGGCGGUGCAUGCUCUCAGGAGUGUUUGGACACCAGCUGCAGCUCCCCUCUCCGGCCUGGCCCCAUCGCUGCCGCAGGACUGGAUCUCCAUGCGCCUGCUGAGCGGGGACCGUCAGUGUCACACACUGCUUAUUCCUUGACACUCUGUGGUGGCCCAGCAAUAACCCCUGCGUGCCAAACUGUGAGCCCCACGCUGCUCCUCAGGGACUCGUCCUGGCGUCAAAAUGCCUCCUCCCUCCUGACGGGAGCACCAGGGCGGCCAGCCUUCCCCACCAAAAUGCCCGCACCAUCCUACGGAUGGAUGUGUUCCUCCUUUUGUGUGCAUUAGGGAUGUAGCCCUUUGCUGCGGGCACCCCGAGGCAGCACUCAGCUGGCAGCCACCUGCUUAGGGAUGGCCCCAAACACUGCCAGGACCAAAAAAAAUGCUCAUCCCUGCCCAAGAGAGGGUCUACAGAGCUUGGUUUUAUUUGUUAUUAAAAUACAGUCCUGGGCAAACUGUGGUUUCCCCAUGCGAUCAGCAAUGAAGUAGGUCAUCGCUCCAUUUCCACCGAGCCUGAGCGGAGGUGUUUUAUAUGAGGUUGUAUAUCGCACCUUGGGCAACUGUGGGUUCCCUUUCUGGGCACAGGUUUCUCCCUCUAAGUGGUUGACGGCAGGAUCUAUCCUACCUCAGUUACAUGGUCUUUCGUUAAUGAAGGUCUUGUGCUUGGCACUUCCCGUGCCAAUACCUGCCAGCCGCACCGCCGUGGAUCCCACCAUGCUGCCCGUCCUGCCCGUCCGGCCCUGGUGACAUUGACAAGCUGGUGGCUCUGGGAGGAAAAAUCUGUGCUGGCCUCUUGUGACGCCAGGUUAGAGGGUGUCUUACUGCCUUCUGGGCUUUCUAGUGAGAUGCUCCUUUGAGCUGGUGUUAGAGCUGCUGAAUAAUGGGGGUGGGGUGUUUUUUUGGGUAGCCAAAAUGAGAAAUAAACAGGUCUACUUCGUAUUAGCACAAAACCUAAAAAUAUUCAGUGAUAUAAAAAUACACGGAGAUAAUUAUUUUCAAGGGGAAAGAAUGUUCCAUUGGAUGUGUUAUUUCACAUUUUGGAAAAUGACCUUAGCCUCAACUUUGGAAUAAAUUAUUCCAAAAUGAAAAACUGAAACAUUGUUUCACACCCCAAAAUAAAAUAGGUUAACCCUUUGCUUUUUUCCUAUAUUUGACUGAAUCUUUAUUUGCUGAUUUUGACUCAACUUCACAAGUAGUUUUGUUUGGCCUAAAAGUGCAUUUUCAGCAAAAUUAGUACUUUCCAGUGUUCUUCUGUCUACAUCUAAUUGAUGUCUCAUUUGCUAAGAAGUGAGCUGACUGGAAAAAAACUGGUUUUUCUGUAAGAAAUUGAGUGCCACCUCUCACUUUCUAUAUCCUAGCAUUCAAAAGAUGUGCUUUUUAAAAAUAUUUUUACACUGGGUACAUCUGUGCCCGGAAAACAAAUGUUCUUUAGACAAUGCCUUUUUUUGAGACAAACACUUUGUUUUAUGUGAGUGAUUUAGGGUGAACGCUUUUUUAAAGCUGCUCAAUGAAUAAAGGAGCGCGGGAAGGGUUUCUGCUGUUCCUCCUGCUGUCCCUACCGCUGCCAUCACUUUCAAAGAGCAUCAGCAAAGGCAUUUGUGGUGUUAAGGUGACCUGUACUCAUCCUGGGUUUGCUCGGUGGCUCGUCAGGCAUGGGGAGACCAUGUCCUCCUCUCAGCAGGGCACAAGUUGCCCAUAGGCUUCUGCACUCUUCUUUACACGGUUUAGUUUUUUUUUUUUCCCCAAGCAUUCAUUUUCUCCCUCACUAAUUUCUUGCCACCUUUGGCACUUCAUAAAUGACUGAAGAAAAAUUCCCCAUUACUGCCAUCGCCUCAUAGUGGUGGGAGUUUCUCAGCUAGAAGACUGGGCUCUGCAUUAGGCUCUUCUGAAUAGUUAUCUCUGCAAAACCCUUCAAAGCAUCAGUGGCUUGUAAGGAAUAUAGUGCUGUCUUCCUGAGCCUAUGGAUUAACAAAGAUAAAACUGCUAUCAGGAUUAAAUGCCCUGCUCGGCUUAGUGUGUGACUGAUGUUAAAUCCGAAGGGAAGGGGUGUAAGGGGGAAUCAGCAGCAGCAGCUAAUUUUGAUGAUCGUUUCAGCAGAAGCUUUGGUGAAAUAUGUGCUCUGCCCACAAGCUGUGGAUGUGCCAAAGGUCUAGGAUGGCUGCACUGAUCCAUCAGCUCACCUGCCUUUGUCCGGGCAGUUCUGGGCUCGUCAAGCCUGUAAAUAUCAAAAAGUCCUCAGCAUAUCACAAAGGUGGCAAUGUGAGGGUUGGAAGGCGAAUGUCCACACACACAGAGCUGAGCAGCACGAGAGCAUUGCAGCAACGGUGCUGGUUUAUGGUCAGACACUUUCAGUCAAAGGUAGGAAAAGCUGUUGCCAUCCUGCGUGGGCUCAGCAGUACCAGAGACCUUGCAGAAGGGAAGGUUUGGCUUUUGGGGGGCUGCAAGGCAGCGAGGACUCCCAGGCUGGGCUGGUGGGGUCUGGUUGUGGGCAUGAUUUAGCAACAGUAAGACACAGAGCUACCCUAAGGUAAUUUUUCUUUCCAUGGAUCAUGUUGAACAAGCACCUGUGUGUCAAGCAAAGCAAUACGUAGCCACAAGACACUUAAUCCAGACACACAUCCAGACAGAGAGCCCCGGCUGGCUGACACAGCCUGGCUGGGGAUGCCGCCCCUGGAGUCCUCGCCCCUGGGAGCUCAGCAGUGCUUUAGGCUCAGUAUUAGAAUAUAAACUUGAGAGUUACAUGAAGUUUGCAUGUCUUAAAUACCAUUCUCUGUGGUAAAUGAUAAGGUACCUGAAGUGAAAUACAGAGUCGAGAGGUGAAAGAUAAAUGUGACGAAGGUGCUUCCCAAAUGAGGGCUCUCCUGCAGGCUGCAGGCAGAGCUGGUCCUGGCCAGGAGGGCUUUGCUUGAAUCCCUGGGGGAUGUUGGAUGUCUAACCUGUUUGACUUUCUGCUGUGUUCUGUCUUAGCUCUUCUUUUUUUUUUUUUUUUUUUUUAAACAGAUAUUCUAAACGUAACAGUCUUCAGAUGAAGGUGCCUAUACCUCCAAAAAUUUUAUAUGCACGUUUUGAAAUAGAUUUCUUUUUCCUUUCUGGUCAUUUAGUUACCUAAUAAUAAUGGUACAUACAAGAAAGGCACUUGAGAAAAAUCUGUCUGCUGUUGUAUUUUUGUUUGGGUUGGUUUUGGGUUUUUUUUUAACACUGGUCAGCAAUAAUUAUUUUAGCCAUAUACUAGCUAAAAAGACUGAUAAUGUAAGAUUUGUGAACUAAGCUUCUAAGUUUGCAGUACACUGAUCAACUUGGGUAUGUGAAGAGGGAGCUAUGCUCAAUAAAAGAGUAUUUUGCAGCAUUUAGAUGUUUUCAUUUAAUUGCCUAAUAGUGAUCAUGAACAUAAUAUUCUAUAAAACUCAUCAUGAAUGACAAACAAAGCACAUCAUUUUUAACAUGAAUAUAUCCCUUGUAGUUGAAAGUUCUGAGAGUGUUUUAGUGUGGUCUGCUAUACCAAAAUAUUUAGAUUAUUAUGGGAUUUUAGUACUAAAGAUAAACAUACACCCUGUUUUUACUGUUUCAAGUAAAGUUUAGUGAAUGAAUGACAAUUUGUUGAUAUACAACUGUGGGAAAACACUGCAGUGCUCUAAAUGUAUAUUUUUAUUUGGGUUUAUUAUAUUUAGUAUACGGUUUAAUGAAAACUGAAGUGUUUACUACAGUUGGAUCGUUGUAAAAACAUCUUACCUCGUCAUUUUGUCUGCUGUGAAAAAGUACUUUCCUCCUUUUCUUUUCUUUUUUUUUUUUUUUCAAAUUGACCAUAGACAGUCAAUGUUAACAUUUAGACUCCUAGUAGCAGUAAAUGCUGGGUUUUAUAUAUAUAAAAGGAAAAAUUGAUUUUUUUCUUUAUGAACUUAUUAUAUAACUUUGUGAUUUUUAUCUGAUUUUAUUGUAACAUAAAGUUGUUUUAUGUAAAAAUAUAUAGUUUAAGUAAAA